AUGCCCACUAUUCCUGGAUCAGAUGAUGAGAAGGUCAUGCCUCAGCAGCCAGCCGAGGCCAAGCCUGGGCACACUGAGGAAGAUGAAGAUCCUAGCGGUGAUGAAGACAUCCAUGUCGAGCCAGGUGUUUGCCCAUGUUGCGAGCAACGCAUCGGCGAACAAGACAAGGACGCGCUUCCAGGAGUGACCAUGACAGUGACAACUCCGAAGCAGGAUGCCGGACUUCCGAUUUGUCUGAAAUGCUCCUAUAUAAAGCGCGGCUCCUUUAAGAAGCUCACAGUCGGUGAAUUUCUGCGGCUGAAGAGGAAGUGCCGCCCACUGAGCGACAAGAUCGCCAGCUUGCGCCGGAAGUUGGUCCAGGCACUAUGCCGGAACCCCAAGGCGAAGCCCAGGCAUGAGGUUGUGGACCACAAAUUCUAUACUACUCGCACGUCUUCUGAUUACAUUGACUUCCGCCAGGAGGGGACAUGGCACGACUUGAAGGAGUAUUUUGACAAGGUCGCUGAUGAAGACAGCAAGAAGAAACUUCGCUCUGUCUCCCAAAAGAAGGCUUACCUUGAGAAGCUGGGGAUCAGGAUCCAAGCUGAUGAACGUGGAGUGGAGGGUGUGGUGAUCAUCGAGGGUCCGAAGAAGGUUCUUCUGGGCCAUCGAAUGUCUGCGUCUAAAACAAAGCAGUCAGAACAUGCGGACAAGGCAUCCAUGGAUGAGUUGCAGAAAGAGGACGCAGCGAAGUUGCAGAUCAGUGCACAGACUAAGGACGAAGAAGAGCGAGCCCUAGCUGAGCCUGUGCAGGAAGAAGACAGUGAGAAAGAGGUCGAGGAUGAGAAGGAGAACAACAGUUCGGAUGAAGAUGACUGGGGUGUGGCGCAGAAAGGCCCCGGGAAGGCCAAGCAGAAGCAGGCUCAGCCCAAGAGGAGGCCAAAGGCAGCGGCGCCUUCAACAAGCGGCACUGAGAAGAGCGAGCGUGGUGGUGAAGGUGGUGGUGAAGGGGAGGAAUCGAUGCCGCCACCGCCGCCACCGAAACCUUCAGCCAAUGUUCCAAAGAAUGUGGACAAACUGGUGGCUCAAUCUGGCACAGUGACUCACAUGCUGCAGCAAGUGAACCCGCUUCUUGUCUGGCAAAACCCAGGGAAGUUCAAGGACUGCGAGAGCAAGCCUGAGAAGGCUACUGCAUACCUAGCUGGGUUGGAGGCGGCUGAGCAAACAGAGAAGGUUCGUGAGGCCAGGCGUCAGCUGUUCAAGGUUGCCAAGGAUUUGGACAAUUGGUGCAACUUGGUCAACAACAUCAAGGCGUCCUUUCUGCACGAGACGUCAGAUGUCCACGACUUUAUGAACUACAUUGCCGAGAAUUUGACCAGGAUCACCAAGCUCCUUGCACUGCAGAGUGCAGAGUGCGUGAAGCUUGCGCUGGUAGAACUUGGGCGGCUUUAUGCAGAGGCUAGUGUCGUCCCGGGCCCCUUGACGGAUGGAUACCGGUCCGCGCUUUUCCAAUUUUUGUCCAUGGAAGAGCUGGAGCAGUACAAGAGCUUCAGCCACAUCUCCUUUGGCAAGAUUUUUGCUGCUGGUACGGAUGCUGGCAACAAAGCUUUGGACAAGAACUUCUUUCUGCAGGUGCAGGCCUCCAUCUUCAAUGGUUGGCUGGACAGAUUGCGCACUGCCUCUGACGAAGCCACCCACGCUUUGAGGCUUUGGGAACAUGCUGUGUCUGUAUCCAAGAACAUUCUCACAGAGAAGAAGGCGGAGGAAGUUUCAGCCACAGUUCUUGGAAAUGUCCAGAAGCUCAAUUCCUUUCUGGAUACUCCAGACUGCAGCCCGUCAGAAGAGUUCCAGGAAUUGCUCAGCGGGUGCAAAGAUCUGAUGGAUGUUGCCUCUGCGAUGGGCUUGCUCAAAGGAGACUCCGGAUCAGCCACUGAGCAGCCAGAGGUUAAUGCUGAGAUUGGCAAGGCUCUGAAUGAACUCAGAGAGAAAAUGAAGACCUUCGCCAUGGAGUCCAUGACAAAGCUUGGCGAUUGGUUCACUGCGCAGUGGCCACUGAAGCCAGAGGCUCCUGGCUUUGAUGUGACUCAGAAGGAGAACUUCAGCGCCCUGACUUCAAUUUUGAAGACCCGAGGCCAGAUUUGCACCACCGUGUUGAAAGAGGACCCAGAGAUGUACUUGCGCUUGCUCUGGGUCAUUGAGAAAGUGGAGGGGUUCAUUGGCCAAGGGGCUUCUUUGUCAAAUGCCUGGAAGCUGAGCAAAGGCAUCCACGAUGAUCUGCGCGUGGCUCGGAUGCCUGUGUAUCAGAGUGGAAGCUGGGCCAGCCCAUGCACCCGGGCAAGCUUGAGAUUGAAGCAGUUGGUGGUUCAGCAGGGUCCAAACAUCAUCACAAAGCUCAUCCAGGAUAAGAAUAAGGACGGUAUCAACGAGGCAAAGUCAAUGCUGUGUGGCUUGGAGGACUUGGAAGGCCGUCUGCUUGGCAUGAGGUCAGUCCGUGAGGACCAGGGCAAUUUCGAGGUCUAUUCCAAGGACGCGCCGAAUGAUUUGGUCCAGAUCUGCAAGCAUGCUUCAGCAAUCGCGAAGGCUGUCAACUAUGACAUGGAUACCCUCCAAGCAGUCAAGCCCGAGGCGAAGUCAGCCAUCGAGGACUACUUGGAGAAAGUGAGGAGCUACCUGAACAUGAUCAUUGGCAACAUUGAGAGGGAUGGUGCUAAGUGGGAAAAGAUUGUGCUGCGGUACAAGCCAGUGAUUGCAGUGGCAGAAAUGUGGCAAGCUGAGAGGCUUGCUGAGAUCAAUUGGAUGUUUACCAGCAAUGAGGAUGUGGACAAAGACACCAAGUCCAUGGUCACCUUCAGAGACGAGCUGCCUUGCCACUUGCAGCCAAUGAAGGGGAUCGUUGCGUGCAAAGCCGCUUUGAGGGCUGAUCAGAAGCUUUACGAAGUGGUUGAUAUGCUACAUUCGUUGCGCAAAAGAUCGAGGAGCUGGCCAGCUUGA